CCGCCGCAGAUGAACCCUCAAGCUUUCGCGCAGGCCAUGUCGUCCAUGUCUACACCGGCUGGAAUGCAGUCCAUGGCUGCAUUUGCGAACCACAUGUCCUCGACGAUGAAUGGCGCUCCAGACUACCCACAGUCUCCUCCAACGACGCAAAAGCAAGCAGUGCCGCGCUAUUCGCCCGGACACCAAGCAGGUCAGAAGCGGAAACUCGAACACGAUAUCAAUGCGUCACCUCUACCGCAAAAGAAACCGCAGUCAGGCCCAAAGCCUCCGCGAGCGAAGGCGGCCGCGCCCCCUCCGGUACCAAGCUUUGGCUUCUCUCUGCCGAAACCAGCAGCACCGGCGUCGAAACCAAACAUCAAGAGAGGCCAGAAGAAGCGGAUAAAUCUUGGUCUUAGCGAGCACAAUGUGAUAGAUAAGAACAGCAGCGAGGAAGAGGACAUUGACGAGGAAGCGGCGUUCGCAAACAAGUUCAAGGUGGAGGGUGUUGCAUUCGAGCAUAACGGAGAGAUGAUCUCGCUACAAACUGCCGCAGAUGUCCAAUCGUAUAUCAAAGACCGGCGACGAAACUUCCCUACACAACAAAGGAUAACUGAGAAGGCCCAAGAAGCGUCCGCGAAGCGUGAGCACGAGCUCGAGUUCCUGCACCGAGUACAAGGCAAACGUAGGAAACCUGCGACUGGGACCAAACAAGCCAAACCGCCAAAGCCUGAUCGAAAGCCGAAGGAGGUCGAUGUCAGAAAGCAAGAAGAACUCGCAGCCCUGCGAAAGAAACUCCACGAGAGCAUGCUGAAGAAACAGCAACAGCCCACCAGUCUCCUCGGUCUCGGCUACGAAAGCGACACAGACUCGGACGCCGAGAGCUCUGUCUUGUCCGAGUCGUCCGUCGUAUCGUCUUCAUCGGAAGAUUCAUCUGACUCUGAUUUAGACAAGGAGGAAGAAAGCGACAGCGACGCCGCACCGGAGACCAUAUCCUCCAAAUCCGCACCCCCGCCCGUCAACAUUGCGCCACCAGCACCUGUCUCAGCACCACCAAGCCAGGUAUGCAAAAACUGGAGCAAAGACGGGAGAUGCAAGUUCGGCAAGGGCUGUCGGUGGGCGCAUCCCCCACGGGACACAGGGCCAGGUAAGGAGAAAGUCAAGAAGCGGAUGGGACUGUUUGAGAAGAUGGUGGAGCAGGAGUUGGAGAAGGCGGAUCGGAUGGCGCUGGACGUUAUCAAGUAUCUGGGGCAGAAUGGGUUCUUGGGGUGA